UGAUUAAUCACUAUGCUUUAAUUAUGUUCAAUUUGUAACAAUGAAAAUACAUCCUGCAUGUCAGAUAUUUACAUUACGAUUCAUAACAGUAGCAAAAUUACAGUUAUGAAGUAGCAACGAAAAUAAUUUUAUAGUUGGGGGUCACCACAACAUGAGGAACUGUAUUAAAGGGUCGCGACAUUAGGAAGGUUGAGAACCACUGAUCUAGUCCAACCUGAAUCUUACAAAUUGGAAAACAGGUCCAGAAAGGGCCAGGGGUUUCUCCAAGGUCACGCGGUAUCUAAGGGCAGAGCCCAGCCCCUGUCCAUGGCCUGAAGCUGCCUGAGCUCCUCUGAGGCCCUGUUAAGAGAAGGGAUCUGAUGGAGGAGGGAUUACACAGGAUGGGGAGAGGGCCAAGGAUCAGACUGGAGAGCCCUCUUUCCUGGAGGCUCAGCUUGGCCUCUCACCCAGGGAACUGGGCUCUGGACCUCUCCUGUAGUGACACUGACUUUGAUUAGUCAUUAAAAGGAAGAAGGGGAAAAAAUAGCCUUGAGGCAGACAACAGCAACUCCUACUCAGUAGGAAUGAAUCAACCCUGCCGGCUGGCCUGCCGCCAUCCCUGGGGCGCCUCUUGGAGGAAUCAAAGGCUUGUUUCCUGGAAUCCUGGAGCCUCUGCCAGGCCAAGGACAGCGAUGACGACGAUGAUGUCACUGUCACCGUGGACCGAGACCGCUUCAUGGAUGAGUUCUUCGAACAGGUAGAGGAGAUCCGAGGCUUCAUCGACAAGCUCUCCGAGAAUGUGGAGGAGGUGAAGCGGAAGCACAGUGCCAUCCUGGCCUCCCCCAACCCUGAUGAGAAGACGAAGGAGGAGCUGGAGGAACUCAUGUCCGACAUAAAGAAGACGGCAAACAAAGUGCGCUCCAAGUUGAAGAGCAUCGAGCAGAGCAUUGAGCAGGAGGAAGGCCUGAACCGCUCAUCCGCUGACCUGAGGAUCCGGAAGACGCAGCACUCCACGUUGUCCCGGAAGUUUGUGGAGGUCAUGUCAGAGUACAACGCGACACAGUGUGACUACAGGGAGCGCUGCAAAGGCCGGAUACAGAGGCAGCUGGAGAUCACUGGCCGGACCACAACCAGUGAGGAACUAGAGGACAUGCUGGAGAGUGGGAAUCCGGCCAUCUUUGCCUCUGGGAUCAUCAUGGACUCCAGCAUCUCGAAGCAGGCCCUGAGUGAGAUUGAGACACGGCACAGUGAGAUCAUUAAAUUGGAGAACAGUAUCCGUGAGCUGCACGACAUGUUCAUGGACAUGGCCAUGCUUGUGGAGAGCCAGGGGGAGAUGAUUGACAGGAUUGAGUACAACGUGGAGCAGUCGGUGGACUACGUGGAGAGGGCCGUGUCUGACACCAAAAAGGCUGUCAAGUACCAGAGCAAGGCGCGCCGGAAGAAGAUCAUGAUCAUCAUCUGCUGUGUGGUCCUGGGCAUUGUCAUUGCCUCUAUCUUUGGAGGGAUCUUUGGAUAGAAACUCCCCCACCUGCCUCUCCACUCUGGAUGGCCCAACUAAGGAAGCUCCUUGGCUGCUGACUCCCUGUGGCUCGGAGCCCCCUCCACACCCACCCUGCCCUGAGCCGUCAUGUGCAUGAUCUUCGUAACAGUGUGUGUCUGUACAAGAGGCCGAGGGGAGCCAGGCUAGGAAACAACCAGCGGGGCGGGGAUCAGGUCAGCAAGGGACAGACUCAGGCCCUGGCCCGGCUGCUUCACCCUUCCCAGGCAGAGCUGCCCAGGUAGCCAUGUUUCCCCUCCUCUGCCUUCAGUAAUUCCACUCUUGACCUGGGGUCUGCCUCUCCAUGCAUCAAGGCUCUCUGUACCCCAACCUUGCCUCCUGCUGACCCCACCAUCUAUCCUGUCCUCUCCAGCUGUCCCCCCUAAGCCCAGCCCCCUGAGGGGUGGGGAUCAGCUGGCCACAUGGUGCUGCUUUUCAGGUUAGGGGAGGAAUGGCCCUGAGAGACAGCCCAGCUCUAAGCCUCUAAUAGCCAGUCACUGCCAGGGAGGCUCAGGGUGCUGUGGCCAGGUAGCUUCUGGCUGUGUCAAGGCCAGACUCUCUCCCCUAUCUAGGGGCAGAGUCCAACAGGUCUUCGGCUGCCUCAACCUCCCCACAUUCCUAGAGCCCCAGGAGCAACCCCCCCCCCUCCCCUUGGCUAUGCCUGACCCCAGAUAACAUUCUGGAAGAGGCUGGCUGGUGCCUGGUCUCUAGCCACCCUUAGAGCCAGGGAGACAGAGCAGACCUGUCAGGCCAAGCCCACCGCCUGGGCCAGCCAUUCUCCCCAGCAGGCCUUAGCCGGGUCCUCAAGCCAUUGUGUGUUGCAUGUUUGGGACAGUAGUCCCCGCUCUUGUGCUCUGGGAAGUCAGAUGUUACUUCAGGCCUGCAGUCAUGUCCUGCCCUUGCUGUUCCCCACUGAUGUGCCACAUGAGUGUCAGGUGUCUUGGAUGCAGUAUUCAGCAGCCAGCCAGGAGGGGUACCUCCCUACCAUCUCGGGGCUUCUCAAGUCAGAAACAUGCCCUCACUUCAAGACCCCUCUCUUCCUUGUUGACAGGCAAGGAGUGUGCAUGCGAGUGCAUGCAAUAGGGGACGGGGCCAUGUCUGAGCCCCACCUUUCCUCAGCUUUGCUCCUGUCCAGUGACUGUGACCACUGUCCGCGUGUUGCCUUCUUUACCGACUUCCCUCCCCUCCUUUACCCCUUCACCAAAGGUCUUGGUACAACCAGCUGCCUGUUUUGUGAAAUUUUUAUGUAGAAUAAACAUUUGUAUCCGU